AUGGAUAAAAAGAUAGUGCGCAAAGGGCCGCUGCCUGGGAGUCGCCGGGGCGCGUUUCGAGCUGGCGCUGGACGCGGCAGCAUGCGGGCCGCCAGUCGAGCGCGAGGAGCUGCACGGUCAUCUACCAGCCCUCCGCAUCCAUCAUCCCCACCAGAAGGCUUGGUGUCGGCUGGGUCUUCUCGGACUCAGCAAGCGGCACCCGCCGCUGGUGGAGCACGUCGCAUGCGUUGGUCACAAGAAAUGAAUGCAAACGCACUGCGGGCGUACUUUAGGGCAAAAGGGGAAGAAACUGGAUGUUUGGCGUAUCGGGCUAGGAUGCAUCGUCUUUUUGCUGAGCUGGAGCCAUCUUUAAUCGUCACAGAGCAAAACCUGGCAGACCGAGUUCGGUAUAUCUUGCGCUCAAAUAUAUUUGAUGUCGCCGAACUCGAACGGCUACGACGUGAGGCUGUUCCCUCGUCGGAUGAGAAUGCUACGGCUGAGGAUGCGGCGCCACAAAUGGUAGAGCAACCCGCAAACGUGGAUGCCGCCGUGAAUACCCCAGUUGUGGUUGAUUCAAACGAUGAUGGAACAGUCGCCCAGGAACUGGAAUUAGAGCAUAUGAGGAGUAUAUUGGAAGAGGCGAUUGUGGAAACGCGCAGUACGCCUCUCGAAAAUCGACCGCGACUUCCCCGCAUAGCCCUAAGCAAGCGGAAUCGGGCUGUCGUGAGGGCUCUGAAUCCAAUGCUGGUUACCUAUUUGGAAGCCAGCCGGGACCUUUGCGAGACGGACUCAAUUCUUUUUGGCGCCGCGCUGGCAGUCUGCCGUAUCAUAGGCGCCAAGGUUUCCACGGCUGGACGCGCUACUGGCCAUAGUAGCGCUAUCCCAGCAUGGAGAAGAAGAAUUGAGGAACGUAUCGCAAAGGCUAGAGCUCUCAUCGGCAGACUGAUAUGCUUCAGAUCAGGCAACAACAGGCCAAGAAUUGUGCGCACCGUCAGGAUGGCGUUUGCUGGGACAAAUGUCAGUUUGUCCCAGCCGGAUAUAACGCAAAAACUGACGGAGCGCAUAGAUGAUCUGAAGCAGAGAAUCGCUGCUUGGGGAAAGCGGAUUCGGCGAUAUACCGAGAGGUCGACACGGUUCAACCAGAAUCGUCUCUUCCAGAGUGAUCAGAAGAGGCUCUAUGAAUCAUUGGAGCGACCAAUGGUAAGUGGAACGGGUCCAGCACCGGAUCAGGCCGACACUGUAGCAUUCUGGCGCGGCCUGUGGUCAGAGCCCGUAAACCACAGCGAGGGCCCUUGGACGGAAGUUGUGGCGAGUCAGUGUGCGGGUAUUACGCCCAUGGACCCCGUCAUCAUAACGCCGGAUGACGUAGCUGAGGCGGUUCGUAGGGCCCCGAACUGGAAAAGUCCGGGGCUUGACGGGCUGCAUCACUACUGGCUGAAGGGGUUCAUGGUGUGUCACUCUGUGCUCGCCCGACAGUUUCAAGAGGCUCUCAACCAGAAGUCGCUCCCAAGCCUCUUCACUACUGGGAUCACUCAUUUAGUUCCUAAAGACCAGGCAAAUGCGGUACUGACAUAUUUACAUUUAUCUCUAAAGCAGGAUGAUGACCAUCAGUUUUACUUAUUGGACAUGGACAUUCGGCAACAUUUAUAUCCUUAA